GCGGCUGCUCAACGACAUCGGCUGUGCAGCGGCGACUUUCGCGCUGUUUUUCCCAACUGCCAAAUGGACCUACAGUUCCAGUACGCUCUGCCGCCCAGCUGCGUCCGCGCCCAGUUCCCUCGUCGCCCAAGCUGCACGGAGCUGCGCCCGAUCGCCCCAGACCCGCAGCUAUCACUGUUCGCCUCCACCGCCAUGUUCCGCCAGGGAACCCGGGAGCUCGAGGGAGCAGGAGCAGCAGGCCGGCGAGGGCGCAGACAACUUUCGCGCGCGCCGCCUCUCCCUCGCAAAGGGGAAUGUGCCGGGCGGGUCGUCGUCCGACUCAAUCAGCAGCCCCGCGAACCCUGCGGCGCGGCGGCAGCGGCGCCUCUCGAUGAGUCCCGAGAUGGGCGCAAAGGCGGUGGCGGCCCCCUUUCCGCCCGAGGUGGUUGGCACCUACUCUUGCCACGGCGUCGAGCCCGGCCGCUCCGCCGGCGAGAUGAUGGCAAAGAUCAACCAGGACCGCGGCUGCGUCUGCUACCCAUUCGGUGUCGAAGGGGAGAAGACGUCGGCACUCUUCUGUGUGUUUGACGGGCACGGCGUGUGCGGCGACAAGGUGUCCCACUACGCGAUGCACGGCAUGCAGGCCAAGCUCGAGCAGCACCCCCUCCUCGCUUCCGACCCAAAGACCGCCCUCGAGCAAGUCUUUAUCGCCAUCGACACCGAGCUGCAGACGGACUCCUCCAUCGACGCGGAGCUGUCGGGCACGACUGCGGUGGUCGCGCUCGCGCGCUGGACGCAGGGCGGGCGGGGGAAGGUCUGGGUCGCGAACGUUGGCGACUCUCGCGCGGCAGCAGCUGUUCCCCCUUCGGGCGGCGCGUCGCCGAGGACGGCGUCUCUACACGGCGCCUCGAGUGUGAUGGCCGUCCAAAAGGGCGGCAAGCUGAAGGCGGUCGCGCUGUCCGAAGACCAGAAGCCGGACACGCCCGCCGAGCAGAAGCGGAUCGAAAAGGCGGGCGGCUUCGUCUCGCCGCCAGAGGAGGAGCGGACACAGCGGAGGCCGCGGCGAGAGCGCGCGCGCUCCAUCGGGGACCACCUCGUCGGCGGCAAGGGUGUGAUUGCCAAGCCCGAGGUGAAGGAGGUUGGGCGGCGGCGGCGGGCGGCGGCGGCGGGCGGCGGCGGCGGCGGCGCCGCGCCGCGAGGAGGACUCGCGCCCCACAGCUCGGCGAGGGCUCCUGGGGCUGGACAACCAGCGGGCGGAGGUGUGGGGGGGGGGGGGGGAAAGGGGGGCCCACGCCCCCGGGGCUGCCCUCGGGUCGGAGACUUCGUUUCCUCCGUGGCGAGUCCGAGCCGGUCCGCAGUCCGCACUGCUGCUACGUGCUCGGCUGGCCGGACCGGCAGCGGUUGGGGCGGGCGCGGUGUGUGCGCCUCUGCUGGCGUGGCAACGUGCCAGCCCGCGGGCCGCGGCUGCAGGCCGCCGCACAGGCUUGCUGGCGCGGGUGUGCGGACGAUCCUUCGUGUUUCGUGUGGCUUCAGUGAUUUGUCGCGCCUCGCUGGUCUCCUGCGUUCAGUCUCCUGCGCCCAGUCUGACUCGGCAGUCUCCUGCGCUCGGUCGAGCGCGUGUCUCGUCUCGUUCGCGGCUUGUACAGGAUACGCCGCACAUUCGGCCGUUUGGGCAUUGC